AUGGAGGACGUGCCGUCUGACCCGCCGGACGAGGAGUUUCCCGGCCCGUCGGAGCGGUCUCCAAGGAGGAAGCGACGUUCGCGCCGCCGGCGCGGCACUCCACAGCCGGAUGUCGGGACAUUUUUUAAGACUGCCUGUUCUGAACCCUCGUUCCGAGUUUAUGACCAUGUCCGCUCCGUUGUCCCAUCCUCACUUCCAUCCCAGUUAAAUGCCCGGCCCGUAACACUGCCCGCAGUUCAGUCAGCAGCCCAGCUGCCCGCAGUUCAGUCAGCAGCCCAGCUGCCCGCAGUUCAGUCAGCAGCCCAGCUGCCCGCAGUUCAGUCAGCAGCCCAGCUGCCCGCAGUUCUGUUGGCCUCUCCACCACCUAUUACGCCUUCACUACAGUCGUCUCCGCUACCUGUAGCUCAGCUGCCACUUGUUCAUCUGUCUGCUCACUCACUCAUUCAGUCACCAUCCUCACCGUCUCGUUACGAGCAGGGAACACACUUCACCACGACAUCUGCUGGUUCUCUUAAGCUGGUCACCUCAGAGACAGUUGCUCCCUCUAGGGCCUCCCCAGAGGCUGGGUGUCGCUCACCAGCUGACUCUGAACACCUAGAGGUCAAGACGCCAGCGCCAGCAGUUUCACCGGGGAACUCACCAGAGCAGUCUCGGCUCUCAGCACCCCCUGAGAGCUCAAGUGAGUUCACCCGUCCGCCUCAGUCCUCUGCUGAGUGUAUUGGGGAACACUUUCAGCCCUCUGAGGACUGCAUUCCACUGUUGCUGCCUGAGUCUAGCCACUGUGCUGCUCAGUUCCAGCCAGUGUCCACACUGGCAGAGGUCUGCGUACCUGCUUCCUCAGUGUCUGUUUCCACUGGAGGGCCCGAGGAGCCCGUCCAGUCUCAAGCCACGUUAGCUGGGGGUUCAGGUGAACCCAGACAGCAUCCUGCCUCGUCGGCUGGGGGUUCGGGAGAACCCAGCCAGCCUCAAGUGUCGUUUGCUGGAGGGCCCGAGUCGCCCGUCCAGUCUCAAGCCAUGUCUGCUGGAGGGCCCGAGUCGCCCGUCCGGCCUCAAGUUUCAUCUGCUGGGGAUUCAAGAGAACCCAGUUCCGCUUCUGCUCUGCCUUCGCCUGGCCCUGCCUCGUCAGACUCGUCCACGCCUGGCCCUGCCUCGUCAGACUCGUCCACGCCUGGCCCUGCCUCGUCAGACCCGUCCACGCCUGGCCCUGCCUCGUCCAAGUCUGGUCCUGCCUCGUCUGGCCCUGCCUCGUCCACGCCUGGCCCGGCCUCUGUGUCUUCGUCCACCCUUCUGCUCCGCCAUCGUCUGGCCCUGCGGUUGCCACGCCGUCAUGGAACCCAGCUCGUCCUGUUCCGCCUCCCCUCUGCCGGCCGUUUUCCAGGCCUCUAA